CUUGAAGAUCGUUAUGACAAAUUUAAGAAAGCUUGUCUACGACUACAACACCUGAAAAAAACGUCCAUGAAACUUGUAAUAUGUGCUGCCACGGGCCGCCUGGGCAACCUGGGAUUCCUGGAGUUCCAGGAACAUCUGGAGGGUUGGGUCCAGCUGGACCAUCUGGUAGUAAGGGUGACAGAGGUGAGUUUGUCCGAGGUGAAAAAGGAGAUAGAGGCGGAAAAGGAGAGCCAGGAAAUGAAGGUUCAAAAGGCAAUAAAGGAAGCGAAGGAUCUCCAGGUAAACAAGGCCCGCUUGGACAAAUAGGACCACAAGGACUACAUGGGAACAAUGGAUCAAAAGGAGAAAAGGGCGAAUCACCGGAAGUCCGUAAAUCUGCGUUUACUGCAGUACGCACCACUCACGUACCAACUUCAGAAUCGAUCAUUCUAUUCACGUCAAUGGAGAUUAAUGUCGGAGAAGACUUCGAUAAGAAUACCGGAAAGUUUACAUGUAGAAUUUCAGGUUUCUAUUAUUUCAUGUUUAGUUUUUUGUCGAUGAAUGGUAAUUCUCCGUAUGUUAAAAUGAAGUUAAAUGGGCGAGAUAUCACAACCGUUCAACGUAGUGUCACUAGUGGUUAUGAUCAGUUAAGUUCUGGAGCAACAGUUCAACUGAAUGUCAGCGAUGAAGUCUGGCUGACGAACGAAGGUGGACAAGUCUAUGGUAAUUCCGCUCACCCUCUUACCUUUACUGGGUUUAUGUACGAUACAGAUCGCAUGAACAGUAGCUUUACGAGGCAGACGAUUGCUGUUUGUCAUUGCUUGAAGAUCGUUAGGACAAAUUUAAGAAUACGAAUGAAUCCGUCUUUGACAUCAUGUACACUCUUAAUUGGUUUGAUCAGUCUAUUAACUUGCCUACCAGAAAGCUUGUCUACGACUACAACACCAGAAAAAACCGUCUAUGAAACUUGUAAUAUGUGCUGCCACGGGCCGCCUGGGCAACCUGGGAUUCCUGGAGUUCCAGGAAUAUCUGGAGGGUUGGGUCCAGCUGGACCAUCUGGUAGUAAGGGUGACAGAGGUGAGUUUGUCCGAGGUGAAAAUGGAGAUGGAGGCAAAAAAGGAGAACCGGGAAAUGAAGGUUCAAAAGGUAAAAAAGGAAACGAAGGAUCUCCAGGUAAACAAGGCCCGCUUGGACAAAUAGGACCACAAGGACUACAAGGGAACAAUGGAUCAAAAGGAGAAAAGGGCGAAUCACCGGAAGUCCGUAAAUCUGCGUUUACUGCAGUACGCACCUCUUCCGUACCCACUUCAGAAUCGAUCAUUCUAUUCACGUCAAUGGAGAUUAAUGUCGGAGAAGACUUCGAUAAGAAUACCGGAAAGUUUACAUGUAGAAUUUCAGGUUUCUAUUACUUCAUGUUUAGUUUUUUGUCGCAAGGUGGUAUUGCUCCGUAUGUUAAAAUGAAGUUAAAUGGGCGAGCAAUCACAACCGUGCAUCGUAGUACCGCUGGUGGCAGUGAUCAGUUGAGUUCUGGAGCAACAGUUCAACUGAAUGUCGGCGAUGAAGUCUGGCUGACGAACGAAGUAUUCCCUGCGCAAUCGGGUCUGUCCUCCAACAGCGGAAUACUUAGAAUCAAACGUGCGCAGCCUCAUCAUAAUUACACCAUGGCAGAAUUAUCUGAAAUGCUAUUUCUAAUACAAAUGAAUCCGUCUUUGACAUCAUGUACACCCUUACUUUGUUUGAUCAGUCUAUUAACUUGCCUACCAGAAAGCUUGUCUACGACUACAACACCUGAAAAAACCGUCCAUGAAACUUGUAAUAUGUGCUGCCACGGGCCGCCUGGGCAACCUGGGAUUCCUGGAGUUCCAGGAACAUCUGGAGGGUUGGGUCCUGCUGGACCAUCUGGUAGUAAGGGUGACAGAGGUGAGUUUGUCCGAGGUGAAAAAGGAGAUGGAGGCAAAAAAGGAGAACCGGGAAAUGAAGGUUCAAAAGGUAAUAAAGGAAACGAAGGAUCUCCAGGUAAACAAGGCCCGCUUGGACAAAUAGGACCACAAGGACUACAAGGGAACAAUGGAUCAAAAGGAGAAAAGGGCGAAUCACCGGAAGUCCGUAAAUCUGCGUUUACUGCAGAACGCACCACUUACGUACUCACUUCAGAAUCGAUCAUUCUAUUCACGUCAAUGGAGAUUAAUAUCGGAGAAGACUUCGAUAAGAAUACCGGAAAGUUUACAUGUAGAAUUUCAGGUUUCUAUUACUUCAUGUUUAGUUUUUUGUCGCAAACUGGUCAUGCUCCGUAUGUUAAAAUGAAGUUAAAUGGGCGAGAUAUCACAACCGUAUAUCGUACUAGCACUAGUGGUCAUGAUCAGUUAAGUUCUGGAGCAACAGUUCAACUGAAUGUCAGCGAUGAAGUCUGGCUGACGAACGAAGGUAGACAAGUCCAUGGUAGUCUCGCUCACCCUCUUACCUUUACUGGGUUUAUGGUAUACGAUAUGAACUAA